UGCAGUUGGUUUAGCAAUUGAAGCCAGUUAAAUGUCCCAUCCAAUAAAAGAAUUCGUUAGAAGACUAUCUAAUCUUGAUAUUGAACAGUAUCCAGAAUGGGAUUUAUCAAAACCACUUCCUAGAUUACCUGUUCCGAAUUUGCGUAACACCCUGGACAGAUAUUUACGACUAAUAGCACCGGUUGUCUCUAAAGAAGAUUUUGAACGAACAAAGCUGUUAGUUGAUGAAUUCGGUAAACCAGGUGGUGAAGGUGAAGAGUUGCAAAAUCUACUCAAAGAGUAUGCUGCAACGAAAGUUAAUUGGGUUACGGAAUGGUGGUUAGAUGAUAUGUAUUUGGGAAAUCCUUUACCACUGCCAAUCAAUUCCAGUCCCGGUAUGGUGUUCCCACGUCAUUCUUUUAUCAGUACAAGACAACAACUAAGAUUUGCUGCUCAACUUAUCUCUGGAAUUUUAGAUUACAAAACAAUAUUAGACACGCGCUCCCUUCCAACAGACCGAGCUCGACAUAGUAAAAAAGGUCAACCAUUAUGCAUGGAACAAUACUAUCGGUUGUUUAGUUCAUAUCGUUAUCCGGGGCAUACAAAAGAUAUGCUUGUAACAACAUCUGAACGUGAUCCAUUUGAUCCUGAGCAUAUAAUUGUAAUCUGUUUAGAUCAAUUAUUCGUCAUUGAUGUCAUCUCCAAUGGUAAUCGUUUAAGUGAAGAAGAUAUAUACAAUCAAUUGCGUCGUGUUACACAAUUCGCUGAAGAAGCUAUAGCUGGUGAAAGUGAUAUGGAAGCGCAACCGAGAGUUGGUGCAUUAACUGCUUUACCAAGAAAUAAAUGGGCAGAAGUGUAUGAACAUCUUUGUGAAGAUCCUGAGAACAAAGAGAACUUGAAGACAAUAGCGAAAAGCAUGUUUGUAUUAUGUCUAGAUAAACCAAUAAUUCCAGUUGAAGAACUCGAUGAAACAACAGAGAUUAAUGGACAUUUAACUGAAUCAAAUGAUGCUAAUAAUAUAAAUAAACGAGAUGACAUUUCCUUGGCAUUACAAUUGUUACACGGAAUGGGAAGCCAAUUUAAUGCAGCUAAUCGGUGGUAUGACAAAACAAUGCAAUUUAUUAUAUCACGUGACGGUAAUUGUGGUCUAAACUAUGAACAUUCUGUCGCUGAAGGCAUCGCUGUUGUACGUCUGAUUGAACACAUUCUACAGUACAUGAAAGAAGUAAAACGAUGGAAGUUAGUUCGAUUCCCAUCUGUUUGUGAAUUGGCAUUUCCAAGAAGAUUGAAGUGGAAUCUGGACAACAACACAAAAUCAAUGAUUAAUUACGCUCUGAAUGAAAUUGACAAAAUAGCUGAUGAUCUUGACUUAUACAUACUACGUUAUAAGAAAUUCGGACGUGAAUUCCCUAAAACAGUUAACAUGAGUCCAGACUCAUUUAUUCAAUUAGCUUUACAAUUAGCACAUUUCAAGCUGCAUAACUAUCUGGUUCCAACUUACGAAAGUGCUUCAACAAGACGAUUCGCAUUAGCUCGUGUUGACAAUAUUAGAGCGUGUUCAACUCCAGCUCUGGAAUGGUGUAAAGCAAUGACAGGUCAAACAAAAUGUUCAAAUGAUGAUAGAAUUCGCCUACUGCGUAAAGCAAUGGAAUGGCAAACUGAAAUUAUGCUUGAAACUAUCCUAGGUCAUGGAGUGGACAACCACUUAUUGGGUCUACGACAGAUAGCUUUAGCUCACGGAAGACAACUGCCAAAUAUUUUCAAAGAUCCGAGUUAUAUGGAAUCGAAUAGAUUUCGUUUAUCUACAAGUCAAGUACCUACAACAAUGGAUGCAUUUAUGUGUUAUGGAGCUGUUGUACCUAACGGAUACGGAGCAGCAUAUAAUCCACACCCUGACAAUAUAGUUGUCAGUAUCUCGUGUUGGCGUACAAAUCCAGAUAAUAAUGCUGUUAAGUUUGCUGAAAUGCUUGAUUCAGCAUUGACUGAAAUGCGUGAUUUAGUCCUCUCUAAUCCUACAUUGUCUAAAGAACCGUCAAAUGAACCAGUCGAAUGGAGUAUAGCUAAAUCACUUGGUGCUGAAGUUGGUCUAAAUGUUACUGGUUAAUUAUUAUUAUUAUCACUAUCCAUAACAUUAUCAAUAACUAUUAUUAACUCUUGAAAAGAAUUAUUUUACACAAAAGUCAAAUAACAUAUUUUUAGCGCCAUCAGAUUACUUUUUUUUCACUCAUUGAAACAAGAAUAUUUAUUUUGAUUUCUCUUAUCCUCCUGUGAGCUUUGUUUAUCAUAUUUUCUCCAAUAGCUUAUCUACAAAACAGUUAUCUCGAAAAGAAGUUAACCAGAUUUAUUUAUAAAUAUUACCGAAACAAGUUUUCCUUAAUAUCUUUUAGUUUUGUGAUAAAAAGAUACUACUUAGUGAUCUAAAGGCUAUUUUCUUGCUCUUUAGUCAUUUGAUGAUACGUAGAGAGAAAUUUAAUGAAAAUUGAAGAUAAUAAUAUAGUAGCAAUACUUUCACUUAUGUACACUGUUAUAUAACAGUUUAAUCAAACCUAUGCUGAAUACUACAGAAAUAUAUAAUAAUACGGAUUUCAUACAAAAACACUCCUUAUAACUACAGAUGAAUUAGGUCAAGAAAAGUCAUUAAUAACAUUUUAUUUUAUACUAAAUUAUUACUAACACCUUAUAUAUAUAUAUAUAUAUACUCAUUUCUGUCAUUUUUAUAUACUUCAGUGUGUCAAAACCUUUGUUUAUAUUAAUUAUUAUAUACAUAUAUUUAUACUGAAUAUAUAUUUAUAUUUGAAAUUUAAACUAUAUCUGCUAUAAAAGAGAUUUUAAACAAUCUCAACGACUCCCUCAAACGUGUAUACCCCUCAGGUUGUGAAAUGUACAAAUCAUAUUCAUAUAAUUAUAUCUAAUUAUAAUUAGUAAUCGCUUAUUAAAAAUUUAAAAAAACAAAACGAAGGUGUGCAAUCUGUUAUGAAUUCAGUGUUUACCAAUACAGUGAACAUUGAACACGACAAAAUUCACUAAACACUAAACACCUUGGAUUUGUUAUCACUGACAGAAUACACUUUUUACAAUUUCUAAUUAAUUUAUCGCAAAAUUCGUUUAUAUAAUUAGAUUAGUAGAAUAAAAAGUUUGUAUAUCCUUCAUUCCUCUUAUUACUGCUAUCAUUGUUAUUAUUCCUAUUAAUAUUAUUAUCAACAUUAUUAUUAUUAUUACUAUUAUUAUUGUCGCUAUCAUAAUCACCAUUGUUAAAAUACAUUACGUUUGCAUGUAUACACAUAAACCAUAUAUACAUGCAUUCAAAUAAAAUUCACAUUUUAUCUAUUUCAA